GUUUUUCCUGCUCCUUUCAUCGACGAAUGUGCUAUGUCCCUCGCGCUUUUCCGUCUGCAACGUAUCAACCCGGAAGUAAAGUCUGUCUUCUGACACGUAGAAGCUGUCGCUACCCUUUGGCAGCUCUUAGCCUCAGAGGUGUUCGGCGUCACAGAAAAAAAAUGUCGGGGUUUGACAACUUCAACACAGACUUUUACCAAUCCAGCUACAGUGUAGAUGACCAAAACCAAGGCGGCUAUGGCUACAGCACUAAUGAAAACACCUACAACAAAGCGUACGGUCAAUACGAUUACUCCCAGCCAAUGGGAUAUCCUUCCCCAAUGCAGCCCCAACAGCCAUACACGGGACAAAUCUUUCAGCCCACACAAACGUAUACCCCGUCUGUCUCACAGUCCAUGUACAGCAACAGCUUUGAUGAUGAGCCACCACUGCUAGAAGAGUUAGGAAUCAAUUUUGACCACAUCUGGCAGAAGACCCUCACAGUGCUCCAUCCAUUGAAAGCAGCAGAUGGCAGCAUAAUGAACGAGACCGACCUGACUGGCCCGAUGGUCUUCUGCUUGGCUUUUGGGGCAACUCUUCUUUUGUCGGGUAAGAUCCAGUUUGGGUAUGUGUACGGCAUCAGUGCCAUCGGCUGCCUCGCCAUGUACUGCCUGCUUAACCUGAUGAGUAUGACGGGCGUGUCCUUCGGCUGUGUGGCCAGCGUGUUGGGCUACUGCCUCCUUCCCAUGAUCCUUCUCUCCAGCUUUGGUGUUCUCUUCUCAUUACAGGGCAUGAUUGGAAUUAUAUUAACAGCAACUAUUAUAGGCUGGUGCAGCUUCUCGGCCUCAAAGAUCUUCAUCUCCGCCUUGGCCAUGGAUGGACAGCAGUUGCUGGUUGCUUACCCCUGUGCUCUGUUGUAUGGAGUCUUUGCGCUCAUCUCUGUCUUCUAGAAAAUAAAAACAACUCGUCAAGCAACAGUUUAAAAUAACUGCUCUACACUCGCUGUAGUUCCAGUCUAAUUAGCAUCAGUGUAAUUAGGGUAAUUAUUGCCUAAUUACACGGUUGCAGCAGAAAAAUGGGAACUCCAGUCUAAAAUGGAACCGGGGAUGUUUUUUUUUUUUUUUUUUUUUUAUAGCUUCCACCCUCCAUCACAUUCCAAUGAGACCCCAUGAAGGCUGGAGUGGAUCCCGUCAAUCACCUCCUUCAGCUUUUCCCUCCAUCACGCACAUCAAAGUGGAGGACUUAUAAAUAAUCCUGUUGUGAGACACAAGAAAGAACUGCAGUGUUUUGAAGUGACAUAAUUAAAUUGUGACGACAUGAAGAACAUAUGGAAUCGGGGAAGAGAUUCACACAACAAAAAACCCCAAAAGACCAAAUCAUUUUUACACAGAUGGGAAAUAUUUGCCAAUUUAUUUCAAUAGCAAAAUUAUCACAGAUUUUUUUUUUGUUUAUAGUUUUCUUCUAAAGUCUGGAAAACAUUCUGCAGCACUAAGACUAAGAGAAAUGUGUUCUGCUUAAGACUCCAUCAGCUUUUCUUUCAAUGAAAGCAAAGAGAAAAUUGUAGAGCCACAACCUCCAACACUUAUUUUAUUCUCUUAUUUUAUGUAUUUUAUUUGACUCUGAGAUUCAAGUUUUGAUGCCUUUCAAGAAGACGACCACCGUUUUGCACAAUUGAUUUGUCAGAACCAACCAAACUUGAUAAAACUUUAAGAAUUACCAGUUCAUUGAUACUAUGUGUCUGUACAUCAGUACUUAUAGUUUUUGUUAUUGUUAAAAUUACUCGCAUUUCUUAAGGAUUACUUUUAGGGAUGACUCACUUUGUAAGCUUUGAUGUGUCAUCUGCUGUCUUAUGCAUUAAAGGUUGUUUUUUUUUUUUUUUCAAA